UGUGAAGAGGGUUUGGUUCGUUUCUCACCCUUCCUGAUCCAGUUUAUAAAAAUGUCAGAUUUCGUGCGGCUCGCUGUUCAGCUCUGCCCAAAUUUGCGCUCGUCUGCAUUCCACCACUGCUACUGAGGGGAAACAUGCUCACACCACACAGGGACAAAGACGCGUUUUCCUCCGACUGCUUCCUUGAGAGAGAAAAAAGCUCGAAACCCUAAAAUGCAACACCCAGCUCCUUUACAAUUUGGAUGGACCACUCAGGGACCGUAGGGUUAAAGAACUCAUCCGUAGCCACCGGCUUUACGCAUGACUUCCCCGUGCGUGCGUUCUCUAUUCCAGUGUCCUGGUCACAUCGCUUCGAUGCAUGGAAUAGCAAAAUCACAGCUGACACAGAGACAGAACCUCGGAUCAGUUUGGGUUUCCACGUUUUUUUUUUUUUUUUUCAAAGGCACAGACGCUUAAAAUGGCAGGUGCGCGCGUUUUGGUUGGGUUGACUUGGAGAAGGAGGUGCUUAACCUCCCUCCUGCCAGUUCUGCAUGGUCAUGACCUGUCAUCACGCCCCUUCCACAGCCCACCUCAUCCUAUUGGUCCUGCUCAUUGUCACUCCACAGCUGGCUGGCACCGCCCCUGUGCGGGGUGAGGGAGGGGUGGAGGGGCGCACCCGGACAGACCAUAUAGAGGACAGCCUCGCCCCCUUUCUCUCACCCCCUCCCCAGACUCUUUCCAGCCCUGACGAUGCAUCCCUCGUCCGGGGCCAGGGCCCGGGUCAAGACGACCUACCAGAAAAGGCAACGGACCCUGCGCAGGUGCUCGCCGUGCUUUUGGAGGCCCUGGACCACCCGGGGGAGAGUGAAUUCCAGGCGAGCAUAAACAGGGAAUGGGGAGGGGAGCAGAGUAAAGAGCUGCCCUCCAUCGAAGGGUUUGAGGAUGGUGAGAUAAGGAGAAUGGGACAGACAGUGGGAGGCCGAGAGGUGGAGGAGGAGAGAGAGGGGCGAAGGGCUGAUAAGGCUAUUGAACAGCUAAUUGUGGGCCAUUUGACAGCUGCUCAGGGUGAUGACUUACAGGAAAGGGGGGAGGAGGAGGAUAAAAACACAAGGUCAAGGGAUGAUCUGGGGUGGUCUGUGGAGGAUGUGGGACCUGAUAGUGUAAGUGAGGAGGAAGGUGAAGAAGAGGGGCAGGAAGUAGGAAAGGAUUUAGAACGUUUCUUAGACAAUACCAGAGUGAGUUCCACAUCCCAGGUAGAUGAUCCCUCUCUGCAGCGCAAAAUAAGAGGCUACUUCCAAAAUAUUGACUUGGGUCUCCAAGAUAAUGAGAUCCUGCCUCCACUGAAGGGCUACAAGGCAUAUAACACUCAGCUGGCGCGAGCUGGAAAGAAGCUGCACUGGCAGGAGAACCAGGACCGCAACCGACCCACCAAGGGGGGCAACUUCAUGGAUGAUUUUGAGGAUGAAGGAGAGGAGCUGGAGGAGGAGGUCGAGGAAGAAGAGGAGAGCCUCUCCCACAUGGAAGAGGAGGCAAGAGCGCGUGCAGAGAAGCAGGAGGUGCUCCGGCAGCAGGAGGAGGCGGAACGAGCCAGAGAGGAGGAGCAGAGGCUGGCAGACAUUGCGUCUGACAUGCUGCUGCAGUACAUGGGGAGGAAGCAGCAGUCCUACAUGAAGCCCCGGGAGAAGAGCAGCAUGGGCGCUGCCGGCAACACCGCUGAGGACAAGCGCUCUGAGGAGGUCCUCCCCGAUGAAGAUGACCUAGACCAACAAAUGAUCGACAGGCUCAUUGAGAUCAGCAGUAAGCUGCACCUGCCAGCUGAUGAUGUGAUUGAGAUCAUUAGUGAUGUGGAGGAGAAGAAGAAGAAAAGGAAAGAGCUGCAACUGCAGCCAACCAACAGCAACCCUGUCGCCCCACGCUUCAGGCCUCUGGUACCUCCUCCUCUGGCAGCUCCGCCUAUCUACCAUUACACAGCCUCAAAAAACCCCAAGAAAGCCCCCUAUAAGUACAACAAGUCCAACAAGAAAUGGCACAAGGACAAUGUCAAGUCAUACAAACAGGAAUAUUGGUAUAAGCCUCAGAAGCAGCUUGAUUAUUGGUAUAAACCCCAGAAACAGUUUUUAGCUUUCCCUUCCUACCCAUACUAUCAGAAGCCAUAUCGAGCGUACUACCCUGUUUAUUUCCCAUAUCCCAAAGCACAAUAUUAUGGCAAGCCCGUCCCCUCCAGAGACCAGCCGUUCGGCCCCCAGGAACUUGACCUCCAGGCCCCAAGGCGCAGGCACAGGGGUGGGGGUAAGAACCGUGGACAGGGCUGGAGGCAGCAGCCGGCACCACGCCUGCCUCUCAACCCUUAUAUCUCUAACUAUAUCCUUCCUCACCCACGGACCUACCAACCCUUACCUCCCCCCAAACCACCAACCACACCUAGGAGAGGCAGGCGCCCCCCAUACUACUAUCCACAAAUCACACCGGGAGAUGACUAUGAGGAAGAUGGGCUGGUGCCUCAGCUGGACAGUGAGGAGGAACUGGAAAACUUUAUUGAGAGGAUCUACAUGAAGCGCAGAAUGUAUUGAGAGACUUUUUGGACUCUUGUCAGAUCAGAGGAACAGACGGAGGUGGGAUAGAUAUACAGUAGCUGGAGAAAAGCUAAAAGAGCGGUGGAAAAAAAGACUCAGAGGAGAUAUGUGUUUUGAGCCUGAUUGAAAUUUUAAGGGUCAAGAAGUGAAAAGUUAGAUUUAUGUUGUUUAAAUCACUGUAUUUUCGUUGAUUUCCUUGGUCAGGGAGAAGAUGGAGGUGUCCCAGUUUACGCUCCCUGCAACCAUGUUCAGUCUCUUGAUCGGUUUACAUUUUGAAACAGAACAUACCAUGGUGUAUGUCUGCCUCCAUUCAGGUCAAUCUCUGAUGCUCUUGCAUUAUUCAGAGAUUUCUAGAGGACACGCACACACGCAUACACGCACACGCACACACACACACACACAUGCCUACAUACAGUAUAAUCACAUUUCUGACACAUUCACAAGCUGAUGUGCCCUUUGCAAGAGAACCAUGUUUACAACAUCAAUUUGUAAUUUUGUUCCAUAUUUUUUUAAUAUUCUCUGUCAUAAACUAAAGUAGUUCAAUGACUUCUUGUCUACAAAAAUAUAUAUAAAAAAACCUGAACACUGUUGACAGUAUAUUUUUGUCGUAUGUGGUGUGUGUACACUACUGAUUGAAAGAUUUACAACACCCCCAUUUUUUAAAUUUUAAUUCCAGUAGUUCAAGUCCCUUGAAUAACCUGGAAUGGUACAGAGGUCAGCAGUAAACUCUCCAACUUAAAAAAGUUAGGUUGCCAAAAACAGAUAAAUCCUGUGCAUUUAAUAAAAGAUGGGUCUUUUUAAAGGAAUUGGUAUAUUUACAACAUUCCUGCUGCAAUGGAAGUAUAUGAAGCUUUGAAAAUUACUGCAAACUAAUCCUACAGAUGAUGACUAACUAAUCAUACGUCUGUACCAAGGCAGUGUUGGAACAAAGCUAUUAGGAUGAUAAUGCACUGAAGGAAGUAGGACUGUAUAUUGCUGUCAGAACUAUGACAAGUAAGAAAGGAAGAGUGGCCGGUUGGUGAGAGGUUCGUCGUACAGAGAGGUAAUGACUCAAAACAGAAGAAAAAAAACUAGACUGUGGCUUCACAUGAUGGACGACCAGCACAGUCUCCAGGCUUGAACCCCAGUAGGCUGGUUUGGGAUGAACAGGACAACAUGUGAAAAGCAAAGCAACCAACAUGGGAACUUCUGUGGGAAGCAGUGUUUGGAAAACCUUUCUAAAAUAAUGAAUGCUGCUGGAUGAGACAAACAAUUAGAUUGAAUUUGGGUGUAUAGAUGACAUGAUUUGUUUGUUUUUUAAUGUUUAUUAAUGGAGGUGUUCUAAAGCUUUUGAGUGAUAGUGUAGUUGCCUUUCUUAUUUGCGAUUGGAUCAACUUUAAACAGCUUUCAGUUUGUCAAACUCAAGAUUCAGAUUUUUGCCUUACAAGCACCAUGGUUCUAUAAGGGAAAUGUCAUAAUGCAUAAUAUUAUCAUCACUGCCGGUCCCAAUGUGGAAACCCUGUGGACUCCAAAAGCACAAACUUAAAUACUAAAACACUUCCAACCUGGUGGACUAAGGGUUUUUAACCAUUUUGGGAUCCAGAAGUUAUUGUUAACAUAUUUAUGGCAGAUCACCUCACAGAAUUACUUGAAAUUUUAGGAGUCCUUUAUACAUAUACAUAUAUAUAUAUACACACACACACACACACACACACACAUAUAUGUUUAAUUUCUUUCAUUGUUCAUCUACACUUUAACUCUUGUAUCAUAUCCAUAAUUUCAUUUUCCCUUUCUUUCAAAAGAAAAAAAAUCGUACUAUUUGUUUGCAGCCUUUUUAAACAAAUCUCCACCAAGAGGCUACACGAAUUUUGUUCAUUUUCAGAAGAAAUUCAUUGAGAAGUUUCAGGCCGGGAAGUCAGGGAUUGUGCUUAAACCGUUAAAUGCACGUCUUUCUACUUGCAUCUUAAAAAAUGAACAAAAAAAAGAACAAAAAAAGAGAAAAAAUAAAACAGUAUGGAGAAUUCAAGAUGGUUGUUUUCUCUCAACAAACUGUGAACAUAAAAAAAAGAAAUCUCAAAGGAAGAGGGCCACUGUGUCCACAGUGAAGCCAUCUGUCUUGUAAAAGGAGAGUGUUGUUGUUGAUGUCACCUUUAGCAUUGUAAGAUGUACAGUGUGAAAUAAAUAUGCCCGUGCAAUGUGUAAAUAACAGCAUGAUGAUUACUAGUUUUGCUAUAUGAUAAAAAAUAAAAGCAAUUAUUUUAUUAAA